GUAAUUUUUCUUUAUAAAGUGAAUGUAAAAGCUCCUAUGACGGCGUGCAGUGUGAAUCUUCAGUGGCAGUGGGGGCGCUAUCUAUUUAAACUAUGUGGGAUAAAUCGUAUUCAUCAUUUGAUCAUAGUUUAGUGGUUUAAGAAGAUGAAACCAUUCGUGUUGUUGACAACUCUGGUUGCUUUGGGCAACGCCAGGCCUGAAGCCGGCUACAGCUACAGCCCUCCAUCUAGCUCGUACGGAGCUCCAUCUGGAGGCGGCGGCGGUGGCGGCGGCUUUGGAGCGACUGGAAUUGGCGGCGGCUUCGGAGGCGGCCACGGCGGCGGCGGCGGUGGCGGCUUCGGCGGCGGAUUCGGAGGCGGUUUCGGCGGCGGGGCCGGAGGCGGUUUCGGAGGCGGAAUUGGCGGCGGUGGUGGAUUCGGCGGCGGAUUCGGAGGCGGCUUCGGCGGCGGUACCACCGUCCAGAAGCACAUCUACGUCCAUGUGCCACCCCCAGAACCCGAAGAGUUCCGUCCUCAGAGACCCAUCCAAGUCGGGCAAGCCCAGAAACACUACAAAAUCAUCUUCAUUAAGGCCCCAAGUGCCCCAGCGCCCACCGCUCCCGUCAUCCCAGUGCAACCCCAGAACGAAGAAAAGACUUUGGUCUACGUUUUGGUCAAGAAACCGGAAGAAGCACCAGAAAUCAACAUCCCGACGCCCGCCCCCACCCAACCCAGCAAACCGGAAGUCUACUUCAUCAGAUACAAAACUCAGAAGGCGGCCGGAGAUACUCAGUACCUCGGCGCCCCCUCUGGGGGUUCAAUGAUUGUGAUGCGGAAGUGCCGGUGA